AUGGACGCGGUGCUCCGUGACCCGGUGCUGGUCGGCCUCAUCGUUGUGUACCAGCAUGGCUGGUGGCGCGAUAGCUUUGUCUUCCGCGAUGACCCGCUGCUGUUUGCAUCGGGCGACUUGGAGCACCACGUCGCUGGCUUUGGCGAGCGCUUCGCGCCGUGGCUCGCACGGCGUGGCCUCGAUGGCGCCAUGCAUCUCAUGCACAUCUACCCACCGCUCGUUCCGUGCAUUGCACUACAUGCAGCGGCAACUGGCGACCACCCGCUGGGCGUUGCCGCCAUUGGCAGUAGCAACGACAUCUCGCGUUGGGCGACGUUCAUGAGCCAUGUCGCAACUCACUUUGGUCAUUGCGACCUCUUUGCAAGCAACGGCAUUCCAGUCACGACAAAAGGAGCGCUCACAAGUGGCAACGUGGCGCUCAUGCGACAGCUCUACGAAGAGCGCGGGUCCGACGACUUAAAGCGGUACGUCGAGGAUGCGGUAUGUUCCGGGCACCUCGCCAUCGUUCGCUUCCUUCACGAGGAGACGACUGUGACGUGGCCUUGGAAUACAUUGGACUUGGCGAUGCAGCGUGGGCAUCACGACAUCGCGGCGUACUUAAAAGAGCGUGGCCACCGAACCUCGAGCGAGAUGGGCGGUAUUUUGGAGACGGACAGCCCCCUCGACGUGGCGACCAAGCUACACGAAGAGAAUCCCACCAUGAACCUCGAGUUCAUGCUGGAAGAAGCCGCGUCGAAUGGCCAUUGCGACGUGAUCGAGUUCAUCUUGGCCACGGGGGCGAUGUGCACACCUGCCGCGCUGCAAGCGGCGGCGCGGCGAGGUCAUCUCGCGUGCUGUCAAAUGCUACUGACGCACGACCGCAAGAGCAGUCCUACGCGUAUGCUACCCGUCUCGGUCAUGGUCGCUGCCGUCGCGGGCGGGAACGAUGCAAUCAUCUCGCUGCUACAUUCCAAUCAGAUUUGGUCGCACGAGUACAUGAACACCUGUGCGAGCGUCGGCCGACUGGACCUCGUGAAAAUGCUGCACAAUGCCGGGCACUUUACUUGCUCGAAAGCUGCGAUGGACUGCGCGGCAGCCAACGGCCACGUUGCCGUCGUGGCUUUUCUGCACGAACACCGAGACGAAGGCUGCUCGGUGAGCGCGGUCGACAAUGCAGCGGGCAACAAUCAUUUGGACGCCGUUAUGUACCUCCAUGCGACGGUCGGCGCCAAAGCCUCUUGCUAUGCGAUCGCGUGGGCAGCCAUGGGCGGUCAUGAUCGCGUAGUGCGGUAUCUGUAUGAAGCUAUGAAGGCACCCGUGCUCGACGAUGUACCCGAGCGUGCGGCCCGAGGCGGUCACUUGUCGGUCGUGCGGUAUCUCCACGAGCAAGGUCUUGGCCAAUGGACGCCGCGCGUGAUGGAUCUGGCGGCCAAGUCGGGAAACCACGCGCUCGUCGCGUUUCUGCAUGCGCACCGGACCGAAGGCUGCACACGCACUGCCGUUGACGAAGCGGUUGUCCAAGGGGAUGUGGCGAUGGUGCGGUUGUUGCUCGAGGUGGUCAAUGCGACAAUGUGUUCGCCGGUGGCGAUGCGGCAAGGCAGCGCAGACGUGCUCGUCUACUUGGCCAGUCUUGGGGUCGAUGUCGUGGGUCCGCUACGUGCGAGCGCCCCUCGAUUUGUCGCGCUCGUCGAGUACUUGGAGCACAAACAAGCGUGGCGACGACCGAUCAAGAAACAACGUACCAAAGGUCAAAUGCAUUAA